CAAAUUCUCAAGCACCAAGAAAAGUGGGAAAAGGUUGGUUGGUCGACACGAAGCUAAAUAUGAACAAGACAAACUAGAUCUGUAAUUGCACAUUAACCGUUAAUUACGGUGAGUUCGUGUUCACUGUUUGACAUAUGAUGUUUACUUGAUCUUAUAAAAUAUAGCUACACCUGUUAGUAGCUAAGUUAGCUAGCUAGUAACCCUAGCAGAGACUAAUUUUCUUAAAUAUCUGACCCUAGCCACUUAGCUAGCUUUAUUUGUUUACCCCACUGCUGCAACUGACACACUCAUUUCAUGAUAAAGGUAAAACGAUAAAAACUGGAUUCACUGGGGCUCCCGAGUGGCGCAGCGGUCUAAGGCACUGCAUCUCAGUGAUAGAAGCGUCACUACAGACCCUGGGUCGAUUCCUGGCUGUAUCACCACCGGCCGUGAUUGGGAUUCCCAUAGGGUGGCGCACAAUUGUGGCCCUGCGGCGUUAGGGUUUGGCCAGGGUAGGCCGUCAUUGUAAAUAAGAAUGUGUUCUUAACUGACUUGCCUAGUUUAAAUAAAGGUUACAUUUUUGUGCACAUGACAAUAUUGUCAACAAACAAUUGAGAGGUUGAAAACGUUGGGAGAACAUCUAAGCAGGCAGAGACAUAUGUCCUUAACAUAAAACUACAAAUGUACAGAACGCGUCUACCAAGUUCAACUCUAUGUCAAUCUAAAAAAAAAAAAUUUGCUUACAGUUCACGUGGGCCUCUGAAUGCUUGUGUUGACAUUGACACGGUGAAUGUUUUUGACCACAGUCCAAGGCCAAGUUCUGCUAUAUCAUCUGGAUUGUUUGUGUAACUUCUGUCUGGGGCUUUGGAAGUGCUGUUUUUCCCAACCUCUGAGGGAAUAUGAGUUACACAGCAACAAACCAAAGACUAGAGGCACUGUCCCUUCUAAAAUAACUGUUGACUAGAUUCAGUUGGACCACGUUUGUCAUGGGCACCACACUGAGUGAGCCUUGCAUCUACGACAAGCUGUCAGAGAGCAUCGAUAUUCUCCGCCAGUCGGGGUAUCGCUAUGGCAUGUCGGAGAGGGAGAUCGAGAAGUUUAUCAAACAAGUCCUGGAGACAAACGAGCCUCGAAGAGACCCGCCACAAUUCCCCAUCCUUCGAGCCACUAUCAAGUUUGUGGUAGCGGUAGGCUUUCUGUUGGUGGUGGUGCUGGCCUUCACCUACCCCCACACUCGGCCCCAGCUAGGUGUGAUGUACACGGGGGGACACAACUGGUCCUCCCCCCUCAGCCACGUCAGACUACUAGCUCUGCCCAUCGCCAAGAAGUACAACCUGCAAGGUUUCCAUGAGUGGUGGAGUGUGGGGGCUCUGCGGCAGGGCCUGGUCAACUGUUCUGGCUGUGCAGAGGUCUCCUCUGUGCUGGAGGUCCCCGAGACCCUCAGAGAGUCUGCAGCCAUGCGCAGGGGGCCACAGCCUGUGCUGCUUAAGGGUGGGGAGUAUCUGUGCAUGCAGAGGCAGCAGCUAGAGGAGCUCUACUCAGCGCACUCCGGCUCCAUGAGUAUACUAGUGGAGAAAGACAACCUACUGUCACAUGACGAGUGUUUUCCACAGGGCCCAGCAAACUUCACCCUGCUCUGGAGGUUUACAUCUGUGGCCAGAGAGAAGGUGUUAAGGUGGCUGUUCCCCAAGGCUGAGCUAUGUCCCCUACUGGACAGCGCCGGAACAACAUUGCAGCGUUGCCUGGUCACGCAUAGUGCCAACUCUCAGAGCAGAGGGGUGCGAGUGCUGGGCUGGCUGGUGGUAGGAGAGGGCCUGCCCACAGUUAGAGUGCUCCCUGUCCACCACUGUCAGAAACACUGCAGCUCCUUCAACCUCUGGCUGGGACCUGGAGAUAUGGUGUACGCUGACCCGCUUUACUGGCAGAUGGAGCUGUUCCCCGGCCGAGACCAAAACAUAGUUUGUGACGGCUCCACUUUCUGAGGGAGGAGAGGAACAACUGAAUGAGACAGAAUGGGAGGAAGACGGAGGGAGAGAGUGAAGGGUUCUGUCAUACAGAACUCUUGAAACUCCACUCCAGUCCAGACAUCUGCAUACUGGCUGAGAAUAUCACUUCCUGUAGAGUCGGAGUGUGAUUGGACCUUUUAACCGUCCCUUGCAGGCUAGUCCCGCCCUCCUCUAGGUAUGGGAAAGAACACUCACCACAGGCACAAGAUAGACUGAAGAAAUCUGAACACCUCAUCUCCCCUACCCUUCUCUGGCCUAAUACCAAACUCAUCUCUAACCCUUACCCCUUUCUGGUCUAAUACCAAACUCCUCUCUAGCCCCUACUUGUGCCUCUUCGUUGAUAUCCCUUCGCAGAUCUAAGACAACUGGAUGGUUGUAAGCAGGGAGAGACCACUCUCAGGCUUGGCGGUGUGUGUCUCGAUGAGGAAGAGGCUGGAAUGUUCCCAAACUCGGACUGUUUGCCUCAGAGGAAAAAUGGAGAGAGUGACUGAUUAACAGCAGAAGGUCAUGCCUCUGUUUUGUUCAGUUGAAAUGUUCAAGAUUGUUUUGGUUAUGUUUUUUAGUUGUGAUCAAAUCACACAGCCACAACAGGAAUAAUGGGACAGUUUUGUGGCGCUGCCCUCCCCUCAUCUACUCACUCUUAUACCGGACCGUAUUCAUCACCUAAGUUCAACAUGUCGCUGCUAGUGUAACAAUGACAGUUGGUUAGGAGGAUGUAUGAAAUUGAUUUGUCAGUUUGGUGAAUUGCAUUUGAUUACUGAAAGUGCAGAUAUUGUAUUUAAUAUAUAGUUGACGAUAAGUGCUUGUGCCAUAAUUUCAGAAAGACUGAAAUGCUAUUUCUUAAGGUUCUUUUCACUAACUGUUUUUGUUUUGUCACUGCUUUUUCCUAUGUCAUCCAGUCUCCCGCGUGAGCACUAACAAGCCAGAAUUUGUUGAUGAUGUCACAGUGUUUGAUGUUUUGUCACUAACGUUAUAGUCCCAGUCGGUAUUAGAUCAAAUGUUGCGGCCCUGCAAUUUUCUUGUUGUUUCAACAUUGCUUGCGUUCUCACUACUUAGAAAAAACAAAUAUUCUAGGGCUUCCCUCAUGCGCCUUUACAUGAUGGUGCUAGCAGCCGAGUGAGUGCUACCGGCUACCGACCGGAACAUUAAGCUAGCCAAGACAAACACACACAAAAAGAAGUAGUGAGUGGCGUUACAAACGGACUAUACUAAACAAGUUAAAUGUCUUACCUAUGAUUAAAUGUUUUCCACACACAGCUACCUUUAGCCUACUUAGACACCAGGUCCCCACAUCUCCCACGCCGAGAAUAGCCUGAAGCCACAGGGCUCUUCUUGCAGGCUCCAUUUCCCUGUGUGGGAGCAUUUGGAACCGUUGGUCGUGAUUUUUGACCUGGUUACAUGUACAUUGAACAACACAGCAGAUUUUCUCCAUGUUUUGUUAUUUCUGUCUACCAAAAAAUGGAUGACAAAGUUGGCUCUUUUACACUGGGGGUUAUUGGGAAAUAAGUUUUGUUUUCCCCAAUUUGUGGGCAUGGUUGAGGGGAAUUCCUUAUUAUGUGAAUAGCGACAUGGACUAUCGAUGUUCAGAGAUUUGAUCCUGUUCUAUUGUCAACAUAAUGUUUAUAGAGUUUUAAUCUCUCAGAAUUCACCAUUGUCACGUUAUGGCCUUAUUGUUAAGCUAUAUUUUAACAUUUUAAAUUCAUCUGUUUUUCAGCUUCCCUGUUGGAGCUGUCUUCUUUUAUCAUUAUUUAUUGUUUCAAGUUCAAAUGAUGUCCAUGUACUGGAACCUAAGCUAUUAAGUGGUUAUUAUUGUUCAUCUCUUCAUGACUGUGGAUGUAUUGGCAUGUACUACUGCCAUAUUGCAUAAUACAUACUAUGAAUGCAUCUGUUCUUUGGUAGUACACAUGUCCAAUUCCCUCUUUCGUAUGAACUCGGAGGAUAGUGCCAAAAAUAGUCUAUUAAAGAAGUUCGAUUUUUUUAUAUAUAUAUGUAAAUGGCAUGUUAGAAGGGUCUAGACAUUUUCUUUGCGAUUUCACUUGUUUUUGAGGAACUUAUCCAAAAUAGAAUAUAACGUUGCUGAGACAAUGUACAUCUAAAGAACUGCAUCACUAUACUGAGAGCUUUUCCGUUUUUAAGUAUUUGGAUGUUUUUGGAGAUUUGUUCAUGUUUUUUCCAGUGCCACCAUACUGCACAACGAGGAAGUGAAUUGCUGGUUGGGGUAAGUUUCUCAAAAACAAAUGAAAUAGCAAAAAAGUUUCUGGACCCUUCCAUAACAUGCCAUUUAUAUCCACCCAUCAAAGUUCUCUAGGUGGAUAUAAAUUAGAAUCCACACAGGAAGUGGCUCUCAGGUUCUCUCUCCUGUCUGAAACCCAGUUGGGUGGGUGAGAUAUCUUUACCAUUACAUCUUCUUUGCCACUCAAAAUAUAGUUGUGGUUCAAGGCCCUCGGCUUUGACCAACCAAUAUCAUCACCUCCUUCCUAAACCUGACACAUUUCCCUUGAGUUCAAGCUUGCCUUUUUCUUAUCACGCCUUACUUAUAGUGCACUGUAUGUCAUUGCAUAUAUUAUCCUAGCUACAGAUUGUAUGCCAGAUAAUGUGAUAUAACCAAAAAAAAUUGGGGUCCAGUAACCAAAGACUUAUAAUAGGUUAUAUCACAUUAACUGGCAUACUAUCUGUAGCUAAUAUUCUCCCUGUUUUAUUUUCUUUUUCUGUUAGCAAGCGCAAGGCUACUUAAUUUGGUGUCCUUCAAGCAGUCCACUGUGGGUUCUUUGUAUUGAAACGGGGCAAUGUAUAUCACUGGCUUUAAAUGUGAUUACUUUGGUGAAAGUGGCAAUUCAACCUUUUUUUAUUGGCUUUGAACAAUAGUUUUGUAUGAUCAAAUUGCAAUGUGAGUCAAGAAUUGGACACUUGUUUUGGUUGUGUGUGCUUAAUAGGUGUCAUGGAAAUCAACACUUUAAUUUGACUAUUGUAUUUUUGAUAUCCCUUUAAAUCAUGAUGUUAUAAAAUGUGCAAUAAUUUCCAUGUUGGAUCUUAAAAUCAGAGCAUUAUAUCAAAUAGUUUGAUUUCAUGCA